AUGCCCGCCGGAUUGCCUUUUCUGCAGAAGCAGCGCAAGCCCACCCUCACGGAAUGGGCUCAUAUCACUGACCUUCAGAACUAUGAGGAUCUGACCAAGCCCGAGCUCGCCGCGGCGCUUGACUCGCACCUUCAAGCUCACCAAUCCAUCUUCAUCGAUGAUGCGCGCCUCGGUGAUUACUACAGGCGUCUGUCAGGAUCUCCGCGCAUUUUCUCACCUGCCAAGAAUUCGCCUGUCAAGACAUCGCCGACCAAGAGAGCACCUAAGGUGGAAGGCACUCCGUCGGCAGACGAAGCCCCCAAGUCAACGCGCAAGAGGAGCUCCAGAUCCAAGGUGGAGGAUGACUCCGAUGUUCCCCAAACUCCCGGCCAAACGCUGGUGAGUGUUGAACCCCCAUUGUCACCACUGGCGGCGGCGCUCCCGCCGUCCCCCGCUGUGGUGACCGAUGUGAUCGAUCGCCAAACGGCGGCAUGGGGCAAAAGUCUCAAGGACAUUUGGAACGCGUCGGGAGUGCAGGAGCAGUCAGAUUCGCUGCGCGCCAACCUGAGCAGCGUCAAGGCCAUCGCUGUCUUGUUGUAUGGGAUUGAAAGCUUUGGUGUCUUGCGGUUACUUUUUCCUCUGAGACUGUUGACCCGCAUCCCCGCUGUAGAAGCGGUCCAUUCACCGGCUUUCGAUAUCUCGGCUCCUGACGCCUUCGUCUUGGUCGAGAGCUCCUUCUGGACUGCUUUCCUUGGGUGGCUCUUCACUAGUCUCGUCAUCCCCUUAACCGUCGCGUAUUUCUUCAACAUCAGCUUGCAGGCGGCUCAGAGCGGUGGUCCGGCGGCCAACACUCGGCGUCAACGGGCGGCAGCGGCCGCGCAGCUCGCCAGCUUCGAUCCUCUGAGCUUCCACAUUGCCAAGGCGCUCAUCGCGUAUCUGGUUUACACCGGCAAGUUCUCUUACUGGGGCUUCUUCAACGAUAUCGCCGUCGAGGACAUCAACAAUGCUAUUCCGGGCCGCUGGCCCGGAGUCAUCACCGGUUCUGCGAUCGGUGUGCUUACGACCCUAUAUGAAGCUAUCCUGCGGAAGUAG